CCUCCAAGAUCUCCCUUCCUAGAAGAUCACUGCCCCCAGCGGGCCAAUAAACCAGGGUAGAGGAGGGACGUGGAUACAGGAUCUCGGGCCUAUUACCCAAGCUAAUGCCGCCGAGUGGAGUUGGGAGGCCCCUCUCUGCGGUUCCAGUGGGCUACGAAGCAUAGGCUAACGUCCUACUGAGCGCAGAAGUAGGCCGGUUCCUCCCUCCCUCACUAAUCAUGCUCUGUUCAGGAUCAGAGCCGGUGGGGUUUUGGAGGCUGAGGCCUUUAGGAAGACUCCAGACCUAGAGGCUUCUGGGAGGAAGGCGAGGCUGCGAUGCGCUAGACCGCUCGCGCCCCUUCCUGGGUCUUCCUGAAGGACUACAGUGACGUCAGGAACGGGGUGUCCCCUACACCUAGACUACUUUCGUCCACCCAUAGGUCAAGGUCUUUUCUUCCCAGCAGCUCUGUUCCGCAGGGAUUCCAGCCCUUGACAUCCUCCAUCUCUCCGCCCGCAUGAUUCCUCCCCACACACCCCAUACUCCGUUUUGUUCAGUUGUGAAUGCCACGUCCUGUCCUGGUGACAGGAGAACAAAGUUGGUGAACGUCGCACCGAGUGUCUGAGUGUUCCAUGAGCCCCUGGGAACGGGCGGGGGGCGGAAGCCCGGGCUGCCUGCGGUCCCAGGCGAUAGUACCCUAUCUGCCUCCGCAACGCCCUUGCGCGUCGGCUCGGAGUUAUUUCUGGCCAGGCGGCAGAACUGUGGUCUGUUGCUGUAGACUCAGGCAGGCUCUCGGGCCAGCGCCACUCCAGAACGAAGUAGGCCGCCAUCCUCUCGCCAUGGGCUCCCGUGAGUUCUGGGGUCGGGUUUGCAGCUUUCUAGGAAGAGCCACGUCAGGAGGCGUUCUAGUUUGGGCGGCAAUAGGCAAAAGCUUGGAUCAGAGGUGGAGGGAAACUCCAGCCAGCAUACGGGGUGGCCGGGGUGGAGGGACCUGCGGACUCGUGGGACACUGGCCCUAGGAGCUGGAGGGAGCAGCGCUGCCAUUCCCAAGGAUGCUCCCGGCUCAUCCCAGCGCUUCUCUUCCAGGGCCGCGCGGGGCGUUGAGCCUGCUGCUGCUGCUGCUAGCGCCGCCCAGCCGCCCAGCCUCUGGCUGUCCCGCGCCAUGCAGCUGCGCAGGGACGCGCGUGGACUGCGGGCGCCGCGGGUUGACCUGGGCCUCGCUGCCGGCUGCCUUCCCUCCCGACACCACCGAAUUGGUGCUGACCGGUAACAACCUGACGGCGCUGCCGCCCGGGCUUCUGGACGCGCUGCCUGCGCUGCGCACAGCGCACCUGGGCGCCAACCCCUGGCGCUGCGACUGCCACUUAUUGCCGCUGCGCGCCUGGCUGGCCGGCCGCCCGGAGCGCGCGCUCUACCGCGACCUGCGCUGUGUCGCGCCCCCGGCGCUGCGCGGCCGCUUGGUGCCCUACGUGGCGGAGGAUGAGCUGCGGGCCGCGUGCGCGCCAGGCCCACUCUGCUGGGGAGCUCUGGUGGCGCAGCUAGCGCUGCUGGUCCUCGGGCUACUACACGCGCUGCUGCUGGCACUCCUACUGGGUCGCCUGCGGAAGCUGCGCGCUCGCGCGCGUGCACACUUCAUCCGGGAGCUCUCUCUCACAGCUCCUCUGGUGGCCGAGUCAGCCGGAGGUGGUGCGUCCUAAGAAAGAACAGGCGCUGAGCAACAACGACCUGCAAACUUUACGGUCCCUGCUGGAGGACCCUCGCCUUCACCUGGAUCGGUCUUGGUCUCUACCCUUGCCCAACCUCCCAGACCCAAGCUCUGCAAGCCUGAAUCCACAUGGGGCCAAACUGCUGCCAGUACUACCAGAGUGAAGCAACCUUGAGUCUCCAGAGCCUAGAGUGGUGGAGCGGCCCAGUCCCUGCCAGACUCCGCACUGAAUAAACCUUUCUCCUCCUCA